AUGGCAGCUAACAAAAUAUUGCCUGCGGGCUUCAAGGAGGAUCUUCUUCGCACUCAGAAACGUCGAGAACCCGUCGAGUCCAGCCCUGCCCCUUCCACAUUCGCCCUCCCCAAUGGAUUCCUCGAGGGCCCAGCGCCCAAUUUAACAAAGUCCAAAAUCGAUUUCAGAAAGGCUGGAAUACUAGAGAACGAGAAUGCAUGGGCCGUCAUACUCGAUGGUGUUCUGUCUGAGGACGAGUGCAACACCUUAAUACAAGCAGCAGAAGCGACUACUAACGGCACGUGGGAGAGAGCCAUGGUGAACAUUGGGGGCGGAAUGCAAGCCAUGUAUGAAGACACGAGAAAGUGCGGUCGGAUCAUCUGGGACAACAAGGACAUCAUGGCCAAGUUAUGGGAAAGAAUAGAGGCGUCGGUGCCUGAAAUCCAUCGCUUGCAAAACUGGGCGCUUGUCACAGGCAAUGGUCCAGCGAAACGAGGAGAGACUUGGAAAGUAACGAGACUGAAUGAGCGUGGACGCUAUCUCAAGUACACUGGUGGAGAGUAUUUCAAAGCGCAUUGUGAUGGCACGUACGAGACGCCAGACCGCACCGAGCGCUCAUAUUUUACCCUGCACCUUUACCUGAACGAUGCAGUACUGAGCACUGGAGAAAGGCAGCUCGAAGGCGGCGCCACUACAUUCUUCAACGGUCGCAUGAACCAACGUAUCGACGUGGAGCCAAAGGCUGGGCGCGUCCUGCUCUUCCAGCAUCGCUACCUUAUACAUUCUGGUGACGACGUUGUGAAGGGCACCAAGUAUACGCUACGGACGGACAUCAUGUACGCGAUGGAGAAAGACACAGCACCAGAGCCAGAGUAG